AUGAGGUGUGGCUCCCUUGGUAAGGCAGAGUGGUCUCAACUUGACACAACGCUUCGCCCACUCAUCAAACGGACAUUCUACCUGCCUGCCAAAGCUGCUAACGACUAUCUCUACGGUAGCUCCGCAGCGGGGGCCAUUGACAUUCCUGUGGCGGCAGAAGUCAGUGACAUCUGCAGAGUAGACAAUGCCUUCAGACUUCUCUCCUCUGCAGACACUGAAGUCCAAGACCUGGCACUCCAGGCGCUGAUCGUUGUGACAUGCAGGAGGUGGCAACGGCUUACAGAACCUGGUGACAUUGCCGCCUACCUGAUCGAGGAGACUGAGGAAAACUUCCGGGCCACUGCGGCGCCGCUCCAGUCCGUGUGGACGGAGGCUCGCAAGGCAUCUCGUCGACUUGGUAUCACCUGCGAAUUCGAAGAAGACGGCCUCCGCAUCUCCAGGGGUGACAUAACACUUGGCCCGAGGAAACGUACUAAGGUGGUGAAGACACUCCGGACGGCACUGGCAAACGCACGAGAUCACGAUCUCCACCAAAAACCCAGUCAGGGGAAAGUGGAGUGCGUUGCCGCCGACCGGAGCAGUUCCCACUUUGUACGUACCGGUCAAUUCACGAGGUUUGCCGACUGGCGUUUCGUUCACCGGGCCCAACUCAACGUCGUUCCCCUGAAUGCAGCAAGGCCGUGUACUACAGCCGUGGACCAACGGUGUAGGAUUUGUGGCGGUCAACCCGAGACCCUGCCACAUGUCCUGUGUGGCAGGGUCUGCCACAUGACUCACAGUCAAGCAUACACAAACCGCCACAACCAGAUCGUGAACCGAGUGAAAGCCGCUGCCUCCGCCAAGUUCACUGUCACCCAUGAGAAUCGAUCAAAUCCCAUGAAUCCAAGCACCAACAACGAUGGCGUCGACGGCCACGCGCUGGUACCGUUGUGCGAGAUGGAGACGCACGGGUUCGUAUUUUGUGAUUUUGGCGGCGCGGGCUACGGAGAAGGCCUCGGGUCUGCUGUCGAAGGGGCAACAAACAUCGAGGACGAUCGCCUCCUCUCCGCGCGCCAUGACGAGGUCCGGACGUAG